GCCCCCGCGGGUCCCUGCGGGCUCCGGGCGGCUGUGCCGCCACCCCGGGGCGGGACCGGCCCCCGCCCGCCGCAGAGGAGCCCGGCCACGCUCCCUUCCCUCCUGCUUCCUCACUGUGGUGGCUGGGCUAUUUCUCCCAUGACUCUCUGCGUCUAGACCUGGCUCUCCCGUGCCUUUGCCAAUCAAACCCGAACUUCCUCCUCUAACAGUGAAGAGAGGGGCUCCUGCCCUUCUGGGUCACUUUUCCCCUCGCCUUGACACCAAGCCUCCUCUGCUUGUGCCUCCCUGUGCCCCCUGCCCUGCCCGUCCUGGGUGCCCACCACCCAUGGACGACUCGGAAGUGGAGUCGACCGCCAGCAUCCUUGCUUCUGUCAAGGAGCAGGAGGCACAGUUCGAGAAGCUGACCCGGGCGCUCGAGGAGGAGCGGCGCCAUGUCUCGGCCCAGCUGGAACGAGUCCGGGUCUCCCCACAGGACGCCGGCCCGGGCUUGGCCAACGGCACGCUCACCCGGCGGCACCAGAACGGCCGGUUUCUGGGCGAUGCUGACCUGGAAAGGCAGAAAUACUCGGAUCUGAAGCUCAACGGGCCGCAGGACCACAGCCACCUCUUGUACAGCACAAUUCCCAGGAUGCAGGACCCAGGCCAGAUUGUUGAGGAGACAUACACCAUGGAGGAGGACCCAGAAGGGGCAAUGUCAGUUGUGUCUGUGGAGACAUCAGACGAUGGAACAACUCGGCGUACAGAGACCACGGUGAAGAAAGUGGUGAAGACUGUGACCACCCGGACAGUGCAGCAGGUGCCGGUGGGGCCGGAUGGGUUACCUUUGGAAACCUCCCCUGUCACCAGCAGCUACGUCCAGACCAUGGACAGGAACUUCCGCAAGAACGGCAACGGGGGCCCUGGUGGCUACCUGAGCCAGCCGGGCACGGCCACCCUCCCCCGUAACUACCACUACCCCGACGGCUACGGCCGCCCCUACGAGGACGGCUACCCAGGCAGCGACCACAGCUACGGCAGCUUGUCCCGCGUCACCCGCAUCGAUGAGCGCUACCGGCCCUCCAUGGACACCUACCGGGCCCCCAGCCGCCAGGACAUCUAUGGCCCCCAGCCUCAGGUGCGCGUCGGGGGCAGCAACAUGGACCUCAACCACUUCCACCCUGAGCAGUACGGCCUGGAGGAUGACCAGCGCAGCGUGGGCUUUGAGGAUGUGGACUAUGGGCUUAUGUCUGACUACGGCACAGCCCGGCGGGCAGGGACCCCCUCCGACCCUCGGCGCCGACUCAGGAGCUACGAAGACAUGCUGGUGGAUGAAGUGGCCCCUGACCGGUACUACUGGGCACCCCUGGCUCAGCAUGAGCGGGGCAGCUUGGCUAGCCUGGACAGCCUGCGGAAGGGGGCUCCGGCCCCCGGGAACUGGCGCCAGCCGGAGCUGCCGGAGGUGAUAGCCAUGCUGAGCUUCCGGCUGGACGCCGUCAAGUCCAACGCAGCCGCCUACCUGCAGCACCUCUGCUACCGCAACGACAAGGUGAAGACUGAGGUGCGCAAGCUGAAGGGCAUUCCCGUGCUGGUGGGAUUGCUCGACCACCCCAAGAAAGAGGUGCACUACGGUGCCUGUGGAGCCCUCAAGAACAUCUCCUUUGGCAAGGACCAAGACAACAAGAUUGCCAUCAAGAACUGCGACGGGGUGCCCGCUCUGGUGCGCCUGCUGCGGAAAGCCCAUGACAUGGACCUCACUGAGGUCAUCACAGGAACACUGUGGAACCUGUCCUCACAUGACUCCAUCAAGAUGGCCAUUGUGGAUCAUGCUCUACAUGCUCUGACCGAUGAGGUGAUCAUUCCCCGCUCGGGCUGGGAGCGGGAGCCCAAUGAGGACUCCAAGCCCCGCCAUAUCGAGUGGGAGUCGGUGCUCACCAACACUGCUGGCUGCCUCAGGAAUGUGAGCUCAGAGCGGAGCGAGGCCCGUCGGAAGCUGCGGGAAUGUGACGGGCUGGUGGAUGCCCUGAUCUACAUUGUGCAGUCUGAAAUCGGGCAGAAAGACUCUGACAGCAAGCUGGUGGAGAACUGUGUGUGCCUGCUGAGAAACUUGUCCUACCAAGUGCACCGUGAGAUCCCCCAUGCCGAGCGCUACCAGGAGACACCUCUGGCCCCUGCCAACAACACUGGGCCUCACGCUGCAAGCUGCUUUGGUGCCAAGAAGGGCAAAGACGAAUGGUUCUCCAGAGGUAAAAAACUCCCAGAAGACCCUGGUGCUGAUACAGUGGAUUUUCCCAAAAGAACAACUCCAGCCAAAGGCUACGAGCUCCUCUUCCAGCCAGAAGUGGUCCGGAUAUACAUCUCCCUUCUGAAGGAAAGCAAAACUCCAGCCAUCCUGGAGGCUUCAGCAGGAGCCAUUCAGAACCUGUGUGCUGGCAGCUGGACAUACGGGCGGUGCAUCCGCUGGGCGCUGCGCCAGGAGAAGGGGCUGUCGGCCGUGGCGGACCUGCUGAGCCAGGACAGCGAGCGCGUGGUGAAGGCGGCGUCGGGCGCCCUGCGCAACCUGGCGGUCGAUCUGCGCAACAAGGAGCUGAUCGGUAAACAUGCCAUUCCCAACCUAGUGAAGAACCUGCCUGGGGGCCAGCAGGCUCCAGCCAAAAACCUCUCUGAGGACACUGUAGUGUCAAUCCUCAACACCAUCAAUGAAGUAAUUGUUGACAACCUUGAGGCUGCCAAGAAGCUGCGGGAAACGCAGGGGAUUGAGAAGUUGGUGCUGAUCAACAAAUCUGGGAACCGCUCAGAGAGAGAAGUCCGAGCAGCUGCCCUGGUCUUGCAGACAGUCUGGGGAUACAAAGAGCUGCGGAAGCCCCUGGAGAAGGAAGGCUGGAAGAAGUCAGAUUUUCAGGUGAACCUGAACAACGCCUCUCGGACCCAGGGAGGUAACUCGUUUGAUGACAGCACCUUGCCUCUCAUCGACAGGAACCAAAAAACAGACAAGAAGUCCUCCCGGGAGGAGAUCCAGAUGAGCAACAUGGGACCAGACAACUAUUCCACGCUCAAUGAGAGGGACCACAGCAGGACACUGGACCGAUCUGGUGACCUCGGUGACAUGGAGCCAGUGAAGGCAGCACCGCUGGUGGAGGAGGGGCAGGAGCUGCACCCUGAGGUAGAGGAGGUGGAGGAGGAAGCUGCCGCGUUGUCCCCCGUGUCGCAGAAGAUCUAGCUGCCAUCCCUGCCUCCACUCAGCUUGGGUUGAUAAUAUAUUAUAUAUAUAAAAAAAUAUAUAUAUAUAACUCUGUGGUGGAAUGGACCGACUUUUACCUUGUCUUAUUUUUGGACUUUUUGCUGGACUGUUUGUGCCAACUAGCCAGCCAAAUGACUGGGCCUGGUCUCCCGGGGGCAGCCUGGGCCACUCUGCCUCCUCUAGACCACUGCACCUCCCCAUUCUGGGACACUUCGACCCGAAACUCUUCCUCCUGUCCUCUACCACAUCCUUCCUCUAGAGAGUAAAACCCUCCUGCCUGACUCUGCCGAUUCAACCGGCGUGGAUGCUGCAAAAGGACUCCAGAUCUCUGCCUUGACCAGGAACUGCCUUCUCUCCUGCACCUUCCCUCUGCUCAGAGAUGUCUGCAGGGACACAAACUGGGACCUCACUCACCCCUUUUUUUUUUGGUGUUUUUUGUUUGUUUUGUUGCCUAUAGGAUAUAUUUUUCUGUGGGAUCACUUUUCAACCAGGGACCAUGGGAGCAUCCCUCCCUGGUGGCAGCAGGACCAGGGUGAAGGGGGCUGGAGUCAUAGGGGCUGAGGGGGGAAGGAAAAACAGCAAUAACUUUUCUUGCUUUGUUCUAGAUGAGGUUUUGGGGGCAUGGGAAAGGGGAUUUGGAUCCUGUGGAGGGGUCUGGAUGGGGCUGCUGGCCCCUCACCAUCACAGGGUGAGGAGGAGGGAUCUUUAUGUGGUGAAAAUGAUCAGUGCCAGGGCCUUGGGUGGGUCUCCCCACACAGGAGGGAGAUGGCAUGUCCCUGUGGAAGGAAGAGAUGCAGCAGGGCCUUUGGGGAGAGGGAGCUGCCCACGGUGCUGUGCCAGGCAUGAGGAGCAGGUGCUGGCAGAGCCAGGAUACCCCCUUGCUCCCCUGCACCAGCUGCCUGCAGCGCAGCCCUCUGACUUUCUCUUGACACGUGCCUUUCUUUUGCCACUGUGAAAUAGCUCUUUGAAUUGUACUGUCUGGCUUCUUCGCUGGGGAAGGGGUGUUUCCUGGGCUUCCGGCAGGGCUGAGCACUUCCUUCCCUGCCGGGAGCCUCAGCUGUCUGCAGUGGGGCUGGAAGCCUGUUUCUGGGGGGGGAUCCCAGCCCCCCUUGCCCUCAGUGAUGGGGUGCAGGGCUCUCCACUGGAGCUAGGACAUACGCAUCCUCCUCUGCUGCAGUGGGGAGGGGCACCUCUAAGUGCUGUGAUCUUUUGAGGAGCCCUUGGGCUCCCUGUACAACUGGAAGCCUCUGUAGGAGGCUGCAAACUGGAGCAGGAGCCCUCCCGGCCGGGGGUGGAGCAGGAGGCGGUGGCGCUGAGCUGGUGCCUUCUCCUGCCCCUCCUGCCCUAAAGCACCUCCCAGCUCUGGCGGAGCCCUCCCUGGCUCCAGCCCCACCUCAGCUCGGUUUGGUUUUGUUCUGGGGUCUGAUUCUUCUCUUUUCCUUUAAAUAUGUAAAACACUAAUUCCUUUUUUAAUAAUUCCAAAUGAACCAAAAAAUGCUUCCACCUUCUCUCCUCCCCUGCCCUGGCUCUCCUGGGCUGCCCCUGCCCUGGUGGGGCUAGGGAGGAGGGGAGUAUGGAGCAACAAAGCUGUUCCUUGUCUGAUUCCUGUGCACACUCUUGUAACGCUUUUAAAACAAAAUGAUUUUUUUUAUAUAAAUAAAGUUUUUAAAGUGUG